CAGUGAAAGUGAAAGUGAGUCCGUCGCCAACUUGUCGUCUUUCUCCGCGGAGUUCGGAGCCUUUUGUAUCCUUUCAGAGACAGCCCGGAGAGCCGUCCCCGUGUUUGUGUCCACGCAGCUCUCCGCAGCUUCAGCACCGAGGGGGACCCUUUAGACUUUAGAGACAGCCCACAGCGAGUCUGUGACAGAAACGUUGGCAGCAGACCGUUAGCUGAGCCUCCAUUUUCCUUCAGAGAGCAGGAGGAGGAAAGAGGAGCUGAGGCAGGACUGACCACAGCCUCACAUCCAGAGGAUGGAGGAAGAGGAGCACAGAGCAGCAUCUGCAGCAUCCAGCUGUGUGUCUCUGAGGAGUGACUGGUCCAGAGGAAGACCUCCAGACUUCAGUAAUGAAGCUGCACCAACAACGUUCUUCAAUCAUGGACCUCAGCUGACAAUAGGUCAGAGGUCACAGUCUCCAACAUCCAGCUGUGUGUCCCUGAGGAGUGACUGGUCCAGAGGAAGACCUCCAGACUUCAGUAAUGAAGCUGCACCAACAAUGUUCUUCAAUCAUGGACCUCAGCUGAUAAUAGGUCAGAGGUCACAGUCUCCACCAUCCAGCUGUGUGUCUCUGAGGAGUGACUGGUCCAGAGGAAGACCUCCAGACUUCAGUAAUGAAGCUGCACCAACAAUGUUCUUCAAUUAUGGACCUCAGCUGAUAAUAGGUCAGAGGUCACAGUCUCCAACAUCCAGCUGUGUGUCUCUGAGGAGUGACUGGUCCAGAGGAAGACCUCCAGACUUCAGUAAUGAAGCUGCACCAACAACGUUCUUCAAUCAUGGACCUCAGCUGAUAAUAGAGAGGAAGAGGAGCGCUGUCUGUGAGGAAGAGCAGCCGUCCUGCUGUGCUUCCUGUCAGGACGUCCUGAAGGAUCCGGUCUCUACCAGCUGUGGACACUGGUUCUGCAGACAGUGCAUCUCCUCAUACUGGGACCAGUCUGCUUCAUCAGGAGACUCCUCCUGUCCCCAGUGUGGACAAAGACCCAGAACCACAGCUGGACUGCAGACAGCCAGUCAGAGCAGCUGUGGCCAAACAGAUGCUGGUCUGCAGGAGGUUUUAGAGGAACAUAAGAUCAGUCUGAGGAGGAGAUGUGAACGUGUGACUGAAGGAAGUGAUCAAACAGGAAGUGGAACCCUCCUGAACAGGAUCUACACUGAGCUCUACAUCACAGAGGGACAGAGUGAAGAGGCUCAUACCCAACAUGAGGUGAGGCAGCUGGAGACAGCUUCCAAGAUGGACGCCCUCCAUGACAGUCCAAUCAGGUGCCACGACAUCUUUAAAGCCUUCCCUGACCAACAGAGACCCAUCAGAGUGGUUCUGACCAACGGCGUCGCUGGCGUUGGAAAAACCUUCUCAGUGCAGAAGUUCAGUCUGGACUGGGCAGAGGGCUUGGAGAACCAACAUGUCAGUGUGGUGAUGCUGCUUUCAUUCAGGGAGCUGAACCUGAUCAGAGAUCAGCAGUACAGUCUUCUGGAGCUGCUCCAUGUUUUCCAUCCAACAUUACAGAAGGUCCCAGCAGAGAAGCUCGCUGUCUGGAAGCUUCUGUUCAUCUUUGACGGCCUGGAUGAAAGCAGACUUUCAUUGGAUUUCACCAACAGGAAGCUCGUGUCUGAUGUCACACAGAAGUCAUCAGUCAGCGAGCUGCUGACAAACCUCAUCGAGGGGAAUCUGCUUCCCUCGGCUCUCGUCUGGAUAACUUCUCGACCUGCAGCAGCCAAUCAGAUCCCUCCUAGAUGUGUGGACAGGCUGACAGAAGUACGAGGCUUCACUGACGCCCAGAAGGAGGAGUACUUCAGGAGGAGGUUCAGUGAUGAAGAGCUGUCCAGCAGAAUCAUCUCCCACAUGAAGACAUCCAGGAGCCUCCACAUCAUGUGCAGAAUCCCAGUCUUCUGCUGGAUCACUGCUACAGUUCUGGAGCACAUGUUGACUACAGAGCAGAGAGGAGAGCUGCCCAAGACCCUGACUGACAUGUACUCACACUUCCUGCUGGUUCAGACAAAGAGGAAGAAGAACAAGUACCAUGAAGGACAUGAGACGAGUCCACAGGAGCUGAUGGAGGCUGACAGGGAAGUUCUUCUGAAGCUGGGGAGGCUGGCGUUUGAGCACCUGAAGAAAGGAAACAUCAUGUUCUACCAAGAAGACCUGGAGCAGUGUGGUCUGGAUGUGACAGAGGCCUCGGUGUACUCAGGAGUUUGUACAGAGAUCUUCAAAAGAGAGUGUGUGAUCUUCCAGAAACCAGUCUACAGCUUUGUUCAUCUGAGCAUUCAGGAGUUUCUGGCUGCAGUCUACAGGUUCCACUGUUACACCAGCAGGAAGAUGGAGGUGCUGGAGGACUUCCUGGGGAAAACAUAUGAUCAGACAUCUCAGGAUGAUUUCUUGAUGAAAACAGUAAUAAAAUCCCUCCAGAGUAAAAAUGGCCACCUGGACCUGUUUGUUCGCUUCCUUCAUGGCCUCUCUCUGGAGUCCAACCAGAGACUCUUAGGAGGUCUGCUGGGUCAGACAGAGAACAGUCCAGAAACCAUCCAGAGAGUCAUCAAGAACCUGAAGGAGAUGAACAGUGAUAAAAGCUCUCCUGACAGAAUCAUCAACAUCUUCCACUGUCUGAUGGAGAUGAACGACCUCUCAGUACAUCAGGAGAUCCAGGAGUUCCUGAAGUUAGAGAAGAGAUCAGAGAAGAAACUCUCUGAGAUCCACUGCUCAGCUCUGGCCUUCAUGCUGCAGAUGUCAGAGGAGGUUCUGGAUGAGAUGGACCUGGAGAAGUACAACACAUCAUGGGAGGGACGACUGAGACUGAUUCCAGCUGUGAGGAACUGCAGAAAGGCUCGACUGAUUGGUUGUGGACUCUCAGAGACUCACUGUGAAGUUGUGGCCUCGGCUCUGAAGUCCAACCCCUCCCAUCUGACACAGCUGGACAUGAGUCAGAACAACCUGCAGGAUUCAGGCGUGAAGCUUCUGUGUGCUGGACUGGAGAGUCCAAACUGUCGACUGGAGACUAUGAGAUUGAUGAGCUGUGGUUUCUCAGAGAUCAGCUGUGAUUAUCUGGCAGCAGCUCUGAAGUCCAACCCCUCCCAUCUGAGAGAGCUGGACCUGAGCUGGAACAACAACUACCUGCAGGAUUCAGGAGUGAAGCAUCUGUGUGGUUUUCUGGAGAGUCCACGAUGUGUUCUUGAAACUCUGAGAUUGUGGAGCUGUGGUUUGUCAGAGAUCAGCUGUUAUUAUCUGGCAGCAGCUCUGAAGUCCAACCCCUCCCAUCUGAGAGAGCUGGACCUGACCAACAACUACCUGCAGGAUUCAGGGGUGAAGCAUCUGUGUGGUUUUCUGGAGAGUCCACGAUGUGUUCUUGAAACGCUGAGAUUGGAGGACUGUGGUUUGUCAGAGAUCAGCUGUGAUUAUCUGGCAGCAGCUCUGAAGUCCAACCCCUCCCAUCUGAGAGAGCUGGACCUGAGUAACGACUACAGGUCCUCAACCUCCAACAACAACAAGCUGCAGGAUUCAGGAGUGAAGCAUCUGUGUGGUUUUCUGGAGAGUCCACGAUGUGUUCUUGAAACUCUGAGAUUGAGGGACUGUGGUUUGUCAGAGAUCAGCUGUGAUUAUCUGGCAGCAGCUCUGAAGUCCAACCCCUCCCAUCUGAGAGAGCUGGACCUGAGUAACGACCCCUGGAUCUCGACCUCCAACAACAAGAUGCUGCAGGAUUCAGGAGUGAAGCAUCUGUGUGGUUUUCUGGAGAGUCCACGAUGUGUUCUUGAAACUCUGAGAUUGAAGGGCUGUGGUUUGUCAGAGAUCAGCUGUGAUUAUCUGGCAGCAGCUCUGAAGUCCAACCCCUCCCAUCUGAGAGAGCUGGACCUGAAUAACGACUACGGGUCCUCCAACAAGAACUACCUGCAGGAUUCAGGAGUGAAGCAUCUGUGUGGUUUUCUGGAGAGUCCACGAUGUGUUCUUGAAACUCUGAGAUUGAGGGACUGUGGUUUGUCAGAGAUCAGCUGUGAUUAUCUGGCAGCAGCUCUGAAGUCCAACCCCUCCCAUCUGAGAGAGCUGGACCUGAGUAACGACCCCUGGAUCUCGACCUCCAACAACAAGAUGCUGCAGGAUUCAGGAGUGAAGCAUCUGUGUGGUUUUCUGGAGAGUCCACGAUGUGUUCUUGAAACUCUGAGAUUGGAGCUCUGUGGUUUGUCAGAGAUCAGCUGUGAUUAUCUGGCAGCAGCUCUGAAAUCCAACCCCUCCCAUCUGAGAGAGCUGGACCUGAGGAGAAACAACCUGCAGGAUCCAGAUGUGAAGCAGCUGUCUGAUCUUAAGGAGAGUCCACACUGCAGACUGGAGACACUGCAGUGGAGGUAAACAGGACGGUGUGUGUGCUGAGAGAGGAGGAGCUGUGUCCUGAUGAUCCAGAGAGCUUGAAGCAGCAGCAGCUUGUGUGCAGAGACGCUCUGACUGGGCCAUGUUACUGGGAGGUGGAGUGGAGAGGAGAGCUUCAUCCAGCAGUGACUGACAGAGGAAUGAGAAGAAGUGCAGAUGACUGUCAGUGCUGCAGAGUGAACUGCUCUGAGAACAGCUCCACUGUCAGACACAAUGUAGAGUCCACCAUCAUCCCUGUGUGUCCCUGUGGAUCUGCCAGAGGAUCAUCAGUGGAUCUGGAUGCUCUGCUGCUGCUCUGUCCUUCUACACAGUCUCUGCAGAGUCUCUGUCUGACACUGGCUUCAGCUUUUCAGGCUUCAUUCUGGAUCACAGUCAGGAGAACAUCACCUGGAAAGGCCUCCAACAACAUCUCCAUCAUAGACACAAUGUUUUUAGGACUUACACAUCAGGUUUUGGUGCUUGGAGAUCAAAUAUGUGUCCAUCUAUAAGUUUCAGUGUUUUCCUUAAAGUAGUUUUUCAUAUAUUAGCAGAACAUUAAUAUUGAUACAACCAUCUGUCUCACCUGCUUCAUUUAUAUCGUCCAUCAGGUCAGAAUUGUUCAGCACAUGAAAAAAGUGUGAAAAUCUGUACUGGUAGAUUUUUUUCUGCUUUUUCACAUAAUAACAGGAAACAUGGGAUCUGAGCCCUGCUGGGGGGGGGGGGGGGUAUAUGUCUGCAA